AUGGCCGACUUGGAAGCCGUGUUGGCCGACGUCAGCUACCUAAUGGCUAUGGAGAAGAGCAAGUGCACGCCGGCGGCCAGAGCCAGCAAGAAAAUCGUCUUGCCGGACCCGAGUGUUCGAAGUGUAAUGCACAAAUACCUUGAAAAAAAAGAAGAAGUUAAUUUUGAUAAAAUCUUCAAUCAAGUUCUAGGUUACUUGUUAUUCAAAGAUUUUUGUGAACAUCUACCCGAAGAUGAACAAAUACCUGAAAUUAACUUUUAUGAUGAGAUCAAAAGGUAUGAAAAAUUAGAAUCAAUCGACGAGAGGAGAAAAUUAGCUAGGGACAUUUAUGAUAAUUAUAUUAUGAAAGAACUUUUGUCACAUACUCAUAAUUACCCUAAAGAUGCAGUCGCUCAUGUUCAAAAAUAUUUGAUGAAAAAUGAAGUGCCUGUUAAUUUAUUUGAACCUUAUAUUAAAGUAAUAUUCAAUCAUCUUCGGGAAGAACCUUUUAAAAAAUUUCUAGAAAGUGAUAAAUAUACUAGAUUCUGUCAAUGGAAAAAUUUAGAACUUAAUAUUUCGCUGACCAUGAACGAUUUUAGUGUUCACCGUAUAAUUGGUAGAGGUGGUUUUGGUGAAGUUUAUGGUUGUCGAAAAGCUGAUACUGGAAAGAUGUAUGCAAUGAAAUGUCUUGAUAAGAAACGAAUAAAAAUGAAACAAGGGGAAACACUUGCCUUAAACGAACGUAUUAUGUUGUCUCUAGUCAGUACCGGGGUGGACUGUCCUUUUAUUGUUUGUAUGACGUAUGCAUUUCAUACACCUGAUAAACUUUGUUUCAUAUUAGACCUAAUGCAUGGUGGUGAUUUACAUUAUCAUUUAGCACAGCAUGGUGUAUUUAAUGAACUUGAUAUGAAAUUCUAUGCUGCUGAAGUAAUUUUAGGCUUAGAGCAUAUGCACCGAAGAUUUAUUGUCUACAGGGACUUAAAGCCAGCCAACAUACUUUUAGAUGAAUACGGUCAUGUACGAAUAUCAGAUUUAGGUUUAGCUUGUGACUUUUCUAAAAAGAAGCCACAUGCUAGUGUGGGAACACAUGGUUACAUGGCACCAGAAGUGUUAUCAAAAGGAACAGCUUAUGAUUCAAGUGCAGAUUGGUUUUCUUUUGGUUGCAUGUUAUACAAACUACUUAAAGGCCACAGUCCAUUCAGACAACAUAAAACCAAGGACAAACACGAAAUUGACCGAAUGACCUUAACAAUGUUUAUGUUGCAGAAUGUAGAACUUCCAGAUUCUUUUUCAAAAAGUUUAAAAGAUCUUUUAGAAGGACUUUUACAACGUGAUAUAAAUGAAAGAAUUGGGUGUCGAGGAAGGGGGUCUGAUGAAUUAAAAGAACAUCCAUUUUUUGCGGGACUCGAUUGGCAACAAGUAUAUAUGCAAAAAUAUACACCACCUCUUAUACCUCCGAGAGGAGAAGUUAAUGCUGCCGAUGCAUUUGAUAUUGGUUCAUUUGAUGAAGAGGACACAAAGGGCAUCAAAUUAACUGACGCUGAUCAAGAACUGUAUAAGAACUUUUCUAUAACUAUAUCUGAAAGAUGGCAAAAUGAAGUUGCUGAAACAGUAUUUGAAACAGUAAAUUCUGAAGCUGAUAAAGCUGAUCAAAAAAGAAAGUCUAGGCAAAAAAAAUUCAAUGAACACAAUGAAGAAGAAUCUGAUUGUAUUCUUCAUGGAUAUAUUAAAAAAUUAGGAGGACCAUUUGCAUCUGCAUGGCAAACAAGGUACGCUAAACUAUACCCUAACCGGUUGGAGUUGCAUUCAGAUUCAGGCUCAGUAAAAACUGAAGUAAUCACAUUAGACCAAGUAUUAGAAGUCAGUCCUGAGUUAGUAAUUGUUAAAAAUGAGCAAUGCAUUGUAUUACGCAUGAAAGAUGGAAAAGAUGGCAAACUAGUUCUUACUAAUAGUGAUGAAAUUGGUUUAAAAGAAUGGGCAUUGUCAUUACGAUCUACACAUAAAUCCACACAUGAUCUGUUAAAAAAAUUGAAAAAACCAGGAAAAAUGUUCAUACAAGAAGAAACUGAUUCGCUAACAUCUACUACAAACACCAACGGAAAUUAGUUAAAUAAUAAGGUAUUAGGUUAAACAAAUCUCUUUGAUGAAUCUCAACGCUUUUCUUUAAAAUAUAUUAAAUGUUCUGCUUUAUUCAUCCAUCCCUUUCCUCAGUUCCCAGUUUUUGUCGACUUAUUAUAUCCAGAUUUUAUUUGCUAAGGUUAGUGUAACGCUACUAUAUAAGACUGUGGUGUUUCAUUAUUUCUUGUUAUUGUAUCGAGAAUGGAUAGUAUAGAUCAAUGUAAUAAAUUACUAUUUUUUAUACAUUUUAUAAUUUUUUAGUACAAUUUUUCUAAUACAUACAUUUUUGUGCAUUAUAAAAACCACAUUUAAUAAAGAAGUUCAUGACAUA